GUUACGUGUCAUGACUAUAUUUAUACCGACAUUAAAUUAAAUUUUGAAGUAUGUAUCAGAGUACAAACGGUGGUUAACAGUUCACAUAAUGGAGGAGAUUAUAUUGAAGUUAUUAAACAACAAUGUUGCCAUUCGAGGGCAGGGUUUCAUCAAACUCGCGGAGGCUUACAAAAAAUCUAACAGCAUGUCAGAGAUGUUUCGAUUGCUGCGUGUUUCGAAAAAUCCAAAGGUCUGCAUAUUGCAUGCUGUUGCAUAUUGAUACGGUAUCAAUAGAUGAUCCUAGAGUUACUCAAUUGUAUUUAAAGGUCAGGCAGUAUGCUGCGGUACUACUGAAGAAGCGUUUGGAAAAUGCAAAGCAUUGGGUUUAUUUAUCAGAACCAGCUAGAACGGAAUUCAAGGCAAUCGCCUUGGAGAGAUUGACGAACGAAAAAAUCUCUCAACGAAACGAUCUAGUUGACUUAACAAUCAUAAUAGCUAAUCACGAACUGAUCGGACGAGCAAAUGGAUGGCCAGAGCUUUUUGAAUGUAUUCAAAUGCUGCUUAAUGAUGACUCUUCGGUUAACAAAGAGCUGGGUAUAUCGCUGCUUUCGUUUGUCGCAGUGAAGAUACCAGAAGCACUUUUGAAUCGGAGUGAGUUAAUUAUUGGCUUUUUAAAAAAAACUCUCCACGGUAUACAAGACUUGAACAGUACUAUUGUCUACAAUAUUAUCCUGACGGUACUGCAUCUUGCUCCCAGGGUAAAAGACCACAAAAAUAUAAAAAGCGCACUUGACGAGACCUUGCCUGAAAUCAUCUGCUCCAUUCAAGCAUUAAUAGAAUUCGACGGUGAUCAAUCAUUUAAAGUGAUCGACCUACUCGAUGGAAUAUGCAAGACUACACCAGAAGCAAUAUCACUCCAUUCCGCAAUUUUGGUCACGACCUGUAUUUGCAUCGCAGAAAACACACGCAUGAACGAUCCACUCCGAGUUAAAGGGUUGAAAAUAAUAAACCGACUGGUUGAUACCAAAAACAAAACUAUUCGCGAUCAAAAUCUACUCAUACCAAUUAUUGAUACGAUAUACAACGUUUUAAGUGAACCCGUUCAUGAUGAACUGGGAGAUUUUUUUUUGACUGCAUCUAUAAAUGACAAAACGCCGAUUACCUGUGCUAUGCAAAUCUUGGACACCUUAGCUCAACAUCUACCACCGGAAGAAUUGAUGCUGCAAGUGAUACGGCGUUCGGAAUCGAUGUACAAAUCGUCCGAAAUUUAUUCGAAACGCGGAUGCUUUCUAGCCAUGUCAGUGGUGGUUGAACCUUACUCAGAGUUUAUCGUAGAGGAAUGUUUGGACACGUUUAUGAAAUAUAUACGACCAAGUUUUGCAGAUUCUGAACCGAUAAUCAGAAAUACCGUACAAUUCACUCUCUCCAGAUUCUUAAGACAUCUUUGUGGUGAAAAAAUUGAGGAAUAUUCCAUGGAGUUGAUUUCUAUUUUGUACAAAUACUUGGAGGAAGUAGAAUCAAAUAUUCUGCAGAAUACUCAGGAGAUACCUACGAUAGAUACGCUUUUCCAUAUGCUGAAUGAAUUUUGUGAAUUCCUCAACGAACACAACCAGCCGUACCUACCGAAAUUGGUCGAAUAUUUGUUCAACAUUUUGGAAUCGGAUGUGACUUCGGCAAAAUUAAAAAAUCUCGCGAUGAUGGCCUUUUGCAGAUUAAAUAGUGCGGAUAAUGUAAUGGUCCCAUAUUUUCAAAAACUUAUCAAGAUCCUCAGUGAUUACCUUACCAAAAGUGAAACUGAAUCAGAGACGAAUGAUCUACAUGCUGCAGUUUUCCUAACGCUUAGCCACAUCAGUCAACGUUUAAGUAACACGGAUGUCCUUAUGGAGGCCGAAGAAUUUUUUAAAAUUGGUAUAGAAUUGCUGAAAGACAAUGGCAAUCCAAUUUUGAAGAAAAGUAUUUACGAAUACAUCGCAUCAAUAAGCCGUUCGGUGCCAAAACUUGUACUUAUGGCGAUCCCACGGAUUUUUGAUGAUAUUAUUAAGAGCGUUCAAACGAUGAAGAGAAUGAAGAACCGAAAUGAACAAGACAUUAAAAACGAGGAUAUUCUUACGUACCACGAAUCGGAAGAUGAGGCAGUGGACAAUGAUGAUAUUGAUCUUGGUGUUCAACAUGGGGUCGAGAAUCCUUCCAUCGAUGAACCGGAGGCUGCAAUCAAGGCUUUAGGUGUAUUUGCGGAAACACUUGGGGAAGGCUUCCACCCAUAUCUGCAAACUUCUUACCGUGAAGUUUUUAAGAUGAUUGACCUCCCAUUAUCCAGGAUCCGCAAAGCAGCGCUCCAAACGCUACCCUUAUUUUUAAAAGCAUUUUCGGUAUCUCGAAAAUAUGAAGACAAAGAAAUGAUAAGACGCUCAGCCGAUGUUCUCAUAUCAACCCUCUUAGGAAUAAUUCACAAGUCCGACGAAGACGGCCUCUUCGUUAGCGCAAUAAAAACAUACUCAAAUGUCCUAGGAUCUGUCAAUUCUGAGUACGUCUUAACUGAUGAAAAUUGUAAGAGUGCCACUUUGAAUUGCAUAAUUGAUCUCCUCUCAGGUGACAGCACAUACCAAAAUCGCAAAGAAACGCAAGCCAAACGGGAUAAGCGCAUUAUAUAUGAUGCCGGAGAAUUGUUCAUCCGCUUUCAAAAAGUAAUCAGCUCAAAUGAAUGCCUUGAUGCAUUUGAAUUGGUUUUAAUACCACUACUUGGUAAUCAUGAGAAAGGAGCAUCGACGAGGGUGGACACCAGUUUCAGUAUCGAGAUUAUUUCAGAAUCCUUCCAAGCCCUAGGGUGCAAAGCUACGCAGUUUGGGUCCAAAUUUGUCCCAUUUUUAAUCGAAUCACUUCUUUCCCUUGAUGCUUCAGUACGAAGGCAAUCUUGUAAAGCAAUUUCAAAAUUUGUACGUUACGGAGGAGAGAAUGCAUACCCAUACUAUCCAGAGAUAUCACAGACGUUGUUAACAGCCCUUUCAAAAGAAUCGGAUGAUGUCAUAAAAGACAACUUGAUCGCCUCAAUCAGCACCUUGAUUUGGUCAAAUUACUCCUUAAUACCGAUAGAAGAGGUGAUUCCAGUCAUCAUCGAUUACCUCCCACUUAGGAAAGAUGAUAAAAAGUACGAGGCUGUCCUAAAAGGAGUUUUAAUUCUGAUUAGAGACCGCCACCCUUGUCUCAAUGAGCAUCUACAACCAUUGGUUGAACUUAUUAUUCGGAUACUUCGCACAACUUUGUUGGUGAAACACGAAGUUAUUCCAAUUUAUGCCACCGAGAUUUUGGAAAUCGCACAAAAGGAUUAUCCAGAUCAAUGGAACAGUAUAAAAACGUAUAUUUCAACAGAUGAAUUAACAUUCGUCCAACAAUUAUUUCCGGUCGAUUCUCUCGAUGAUGCAGGUAUAUUCGUGUGACCUUCAUCCUAGAAAAAAAGCAUAAAAAAAAUGAAAAUCCAGCGAUAGAUGAGUUCAUUCGAAUAAAGAAAAUAUUAUUAUUCAUAAUAGGAAUACACAAAAAAGGAACAAAAUGUAAUCGUAAAAGCCCUUAUAUUAUUACAUACCUAUGUAUAUUAUAAAUGAAAUAUUUUUUCAAAAAUACCAUUCAAAUACAUAUUAUUAUAACAGGUAUAAUAUGUAUGAGCUAUUAUCUUCAAAUCAAUGCACGUAUCGUAAUCGACGCAUGGCGUGUAUAAAUUUUUUUGGGUUAUUGAAUUUGUUUUUUAUAUUAGUGAGGAAAAUGACGAACCACGCAGUAUACAUUAUACGUACAUAUUGUGGGUACGUACAAAUAUAUGAGCCUCGAAAAUACUAGUGCGCCUUUCAUCUCAUAAUCUAGUUAAUAGGUAUAUCUAUGAUAUAACGGUUGUUAUAAAACUACAUUAAAAAAUAAAACAGAAAUGAAUGAUCAAACAAUGAACCUAAAGCUUG